AUGACUCCUACCUCCAGUGUCCAUAGGGUUAGUGACACAAUUGUUAGGCUUUUCACCCAAGAAUUCUUCACCUUUUGCUCAACCCAGUCUGGGUCUAUUUUGGUUUUUGCAUUGAUGUUCCUUAGAAUGGAGCCAGUUCCGCAACGUCUAGCCGGACUCAUUCUGCUGGCGCUGUGUGUGGCGGGCUGCUCUGGCCAGCACUGGUCCUACGGGCUGCGCCCUGGAGGGAAAAGAAAUGCAGAAAACCUGAUUAAUUCCUUCCGAGAGAGAACCAAAGAGGCUGAUCCAGUAGCAGAACCUCAGCGCUUCGAGUGCACCCUUCUCCAGCCACGGCCCGUCCGCAGCGUCCGCAGCGAGCUGCGAGGAGCGCGAGGAGCGCGGGAAAGUCUGAUUGAAGAGGAAACUGGGCAGAAGAAGAUUUAAAUCUAUUGGUCCGGAAGGAAUGGCAACACUUAAGUAUAAUUCUGAUUUUGAAAUUUGUGACCCAUUUAAUAUCUGUAAAUUGUGUGAAUUUCAGAAAUUCUUAU